UGGAGAGAAGGACCGGCGCGGCGGAGCGCGCGGGACGCCGGCCGUACCCAGGCGCGCGGAGCACAGCGGCACCGUGGCUGCGGCGGCGCGCCCAGGCUGUGGAGGGGCGCCCGGCUCCCGGCCCGCGGGUCCCGGACCCAGGGCCUGGGCUCCGAGCCCCCCGCCCCGGGCCGGGCCGGGCCGCGCCAUGCUGCGCUACCUGCUCAAGACGCUGCUGCAGAUGAACUUGUUCGCGGACUCCCUGGCCGGGAACGUCUCCAACUCCAGCGAACUGCUCUUCGGCGGCUUCAACUCCUCGCUGGCGGCGCUCAACCACAGCCUGCUGCCUCCCGGGGACCCCGCUGUCAACGUGUCCAGGGUUGAGCCGGAGGAUGCCAUGCCGCGCAUUGUGGAACAGCCACCAGAUCUGCUGGUCUCCCGCGGGGAGCCGGCCACGUUGCCGUGUCGCGCUGAGGGGCGUCCUCGACCCAACAUAGAGUGGUACAAGAACGGGGCGCGUGUAGCCACUGCGCGCGAGGACCCACGCGCGCACCGCCUACUGCUGCCCAGUGGUGCUCUCUUCUUUCCACGCAUCGUGCACGGGCGCCGCGCGCGGCCGGACGAGGGCAUCUAUACGUGUGUGGCACGCAACUACCUCGGGGCCGCUGCCAGCAGAAACGCCUCUCUGGAGGUGGCAGUCCUCCGUGAAGAUUUCCGGCAAUCUCCUGGGAACGCGGUGGUGGCAGUGGGGGAGCCAGCAGUAAUGGAAUGUGUGCCCCCCAGGGGCCACCCUGAGCCUUCUGUGACUUGGAAGAAAGACAGUGCAAGGCUUAAGGAAGAGGAGGGAAGGAUCACGAUACGUGGAGGGAAGCUGAUGAUGUCACACACACUCAAGAGUGACGCCGGCAUGUAUGUGUGUGUGGCCUCCAACAUGGCAGGAGAGCGGGAGAGCGGGGCAGCUCAACUUGUGGUCCUGGAGCGCCCCUCAUUCCUGCGCAAACCAGCAAACCAGGUGGUCCUGGCUGAUGCCCCAGUGAAUUUCCUGUGUGAGGUACAGGGAGAUCCCCCGCCUCACUUACGCUGGCGCAAGGAGGAUGGGGAGCUGCCCACAGGCAGGUAUGAGAUCCGGAGUGACCACAGCCUGUGGAUUGGGCGCGUGCGUGCCGAAGACGAAGGGACUUACACCUGCGUGGCAGAGAACAGCGUGGGCCGAGUGGAAGCCUCCGGCUCCCUCAGCGUUCACGUCCCACCCCAGUUGGUAACCCAGCCGCAGGACCAGAUGGCAGCUCCUGGUGAUGACGUGGUCUUCCAGUGUGAGACCAAAGGAAAUCCCCCGCCUGCCAUCUUCUGGCAAAAGGAGGGGAGUCAAGUCCUGCUUUUCCCUAAUCAGUCACUUCAGCCCACGGGACGAAUCUCAGUCUCUCCCAGAGGCCAACUCAACAUCACUGAAGUGCAGAGUGGGGAUGCUGGUUACUAUGUGUGCCAGGCUGUCAGUGUGGCUGGCAGCAUCCUGGCCAAGGCACUGCUGGAGAUAAAAGGAGCCUCUUUGGAUGGGCUGCCUCCCGUCAUCCUCCAGGGACCAGCCAAUCAGACCCUGGCUCUCGGCUCCUCUGUGUGGCUGCCAUGCAGAGUGUCUGGGAGCCCUCAGCCCAGAGUCCAAUGGAAGAAGGAUGGGCAGUGGCUGCAGGGGGAUGACCUUCAGUUCAGCCUAAUGGCCAACGGCACUCUGUACAUUGCCAGAGUGCAGGAGACGGACAUGGGCUUCUACAGCUGUGUGGCCAGGAGUUCCAUAGGGGAGGCCACCUGGGGUGGCUGGCUCAGGAAGCAGGAAGAUUGGGGAGCAUCUCUAGAUCCCCCUACAGAACACGGUACCCCUCCGGGGCCUCCCUCUCAGCCAGUGGUCACUGAGAUCACCAAGAGCAGCAUUACCUUGACCUGGAAGCCCAAUCCACAGGCUGGGGCCACAGUCACCUCCUAUGUGAUAGAGGCCUUCAGCCAAGCAGCUGGGAACACAUGGCGGACAGUGGCAGAUGGUGUGCAGCUGGAGACACACACGGUCAGCGGUCUACAACCCAAUACUAUCUACCUAUUCCUUGUACGAGCUGUGGGAGCCUGGGGCCUCAGUGAACCCAGUCCUGUGUCUAAGCCUGUCCGCACCAAGGACAGCAACCCAUCCAGGCCAGUGGAGGACCCAUGGAGAGGCCAGCAGGGCCUGGCUGAAGUGGCUGUGAGAAUGCAGGAGCCCAGAGUCCUUGCAGCCCGGACGCUGCAGGUGUCUUGGACUGUGGAUGGCCCAGUCCAACUGGUACAAGGCUUCCGGGUGUCCUGGAGGGUAGCAGGCCCUGAUGGGGGGAGCUGGACAGUGCUAGAUCUGCAGACCCCAAGCCAGCAGAGUACUGUGCUAAGAGGACUUCUUCCAGGGACCCAAGUCCAGAUCAAGGUGCAAGCACAUGGCCACGAGGGGCUAGGGCCUGAAAGCCCCUUUGUGACCUGGAGCGUUCCUGAAGAGGCACCCAGUGGUCCCCCCCAGGGAGUGACGGUGGCCUUGGGGGGUGACGGCAACAGCAGUAUCACUGUGUCCUGGGAGCCUCCACUCCCCUCCCAGCAAAACGGGGCCAUCACGGAGUACCAGAUCUGGUGCCUGGGCAGUGACAGCCGCUUCCACCUCAACCGGUCGGCGGCAGGCUGGGCUCGCUCGGCCACGCUCCGGGGACUGCGGCCGGGUCUGCUCUACCGGACUCUGGUGGCGGCGGCCACCAGCGCUGGCGUGGGCGUGGCCAGCGCCCCGGUGUCGGUGCAGCUGCCAUCCCCGCCGGGACUGGAGCCGGGCCUCGAGGUGGGCCGGGGGCCGGCGGAGCGGCUGGCGCGGGUGCUGCGGGAGCCGGCUUUCCUGGCGGGCAGCGGCGCCGCCUGCGGGGCGCUGCUGCUCGGGCUCUGCGCCGCCCUCUACCGGCGCCAGAAGCAGCGCAAAGAGCUCAGUCACUACGCCGCCUCCUUUGCCUACACGCCUGCAGUGUCCUUCCCACACUCGGAGGGCCUCUCUGGAGCCAGUUCCAGGCCACCCAUAGGCCUCGGCUCCGCCCCCUACUCCUGGCUGGCAGAUUCGUGGCCCCACCCCUCCUCCGGAAGCCCCGCAGCCCAGGAACCCAGGGGAAGCUGCUGCCCCAGCAACCCCGACCCGGAGGACAGAUACUACAAUGAAGCAGGAAUCUCCCUGUACCUGGCCCAGACCGCCCGGGGCACUGCUGCGGCUGCCGAGGCAUCCGUCUACAGCACCAUUGACUUAGCAGGGGAGGAGCUGCAGACCUUCCACGGGGGGUUCCCCCAGCACUCCUCUGGGGACCCAGGCACCUGGAGCCAGUAUGCUCCUCCUGAAUGGAGUCAGGGGGAUGGUGGGGCGCGGGGAGGCAAAGUGAAGCUUCUAGGAAAAGCUGUGCAGAUGCCCUCUCUGAACUGGGCAGAAGGCCUGCCACCACCUCCUCCCUCCUGUGAACUGGGCUGCCCAGAGGGGCCCGAGGAGGAGAUGGAGGGCAGCUCAGAGUCAGAAGAGUGGUGCCCACCAAUGCCUGAGAGAAGCCACCUGACUGAGCUCAGCUCCAGUGGAGGGUGCCGGAUGGCUCCAUCCCCAGGGGAAAGCCCCUCUCCUACACCCUCCUAUGGACAGCAGUCCACAGCCACUCUUACCCCCUCACCACCUGACCCUCCCCUGCCCCCCAGUGACAUCCCCCAUCUCCAUCAGAUGCCCAGGAGGGCACCCCUUGGGCCAAGUUCCCCUCUCAGUGUCUCCCAGCCCACUCUGAGUAGCCACGAAGGGAGGCCCACUGGCCUGGGUGCUGGCCCCACAGCCUCCCAUCACCUCAGCCCCAGCCCCAUCCCUAGCACUACCAGCAGCACCCCAGGGAGAGCCCUUCAGGUCCCUGGGGAGAUGACUCCUCCGCCUCAAGGACCCCGUGCCCGAAUCCGAAAAAAGCCCAAGGCUCUUCCCUAUAGGAGGGAGCGCAGUCCCGGGGACUUGCCUCCCCCGCCCCUGCCACCACCAGAGGAGGAGGUGGGGUGGACCUUGGGGCUGAGAGCGGCAGGCAGCCUGUCUUCCUUGGAGAGGAAAGGAAGUGGGGAAAGAAGAGUGUUGCAGGCCGUGCCCCCCGGGACCCAGAGCGGCCCCCAUCAGGAGGAAGGGGCCUGGCUCCCGUGCAGCAGACCAAGCUUCCUGUCCCGAGGCCAAGGCACCAGCACCUGUUCCACAGCUGGGAGCAACUCUUCUAGGGGCUCUGGCAGCUCUCGGGGUUCUCGAGGCCCUGGACGGAGCCGGAGCCGGAGCCGGAGCCACAGCCAAAGGCCAGGACAGAAACGCCAGGAGGAACCAAGAUGACCCUUGAUGAAGUAAUGAGACCGUAGAGAGCCUCCCUGGGAGGGGGCGGGGGCCCUCCCCUGGUGAAUGACAGCAUGAACCUGGAGGAGCUGGAAGAGUCCUGUCCCCCUGCAGUGAUGCAGUGAAGCCCCUUGGCCUUGGUAGCUUCAGUUGGUUUGGAAGUCAUCAAGCUAGUGCUUUCCCUUGCAUCUCGCUCUGACUGAGACCUGUUUGUAUAAGAGACAAUAAAGACGGACUGACCUAAA